UUUGUCAAAAUGUCAAAUGUACAUGCAUACAUGUACACGUGUAUAUUUAUGUACAUGUACAAGGCAUCAGUGUGUUUUGCUGGACCCAGUUGGAUACAUGUAGACGUACAUGGACAUGGGAUUGUGGUGAGCCCAUUCAUAUUAUUGGAGCUUGCCUAAAGAUACAAAGGCUGAUAUUAUUGAUACCAUUAUGCAGAAAGAAACACUUCCAAAUUGGACUUUGUUGCAUUUUUUCCUAUCCAUAGAGGUCCUGCAUUCCACAGAUAUUUGGCUGGGUCUUUUUAGACCCAGUUUUAGUGUUUUUCUUGGUUGUGUAUACAUGCACAAAUACACUGUAUAUAAAAGGGGUAUUUCAGGGUCUUCACCUUAGUUUUGUGUUUAACCACAAAUUUUUUGGGAUAAUAUUUUAAUACCGAUAUAAACAUCAACUGAAACCACAUUAUUUUACAAAGCAGGAUUCUGUUGUAUCACUCUGGUAUAAAUCCAUACUUAGGCUGGUACAUGUAUUCAUUUAAGCACAUCACUGCCAUUGUACAGUAGCUGUUUGCAGCAGUCAGUGAGUUCUUUAGAUGUAUUAUAAACUACGUGCACAUGGUUGUUGUCCCCAAGUCUGGCAUGUUCCACUCCUUGCCAUGUACAUGAACAUGGAGGAACUAGGAUAUUUGGACAUGGUCAUUGUUUCCAUUGCAAAGCCCCUGUCAACUAGCAGUCUAAUAUUCCUACAUUAUGGUCAGUGUUUCCAUUACAAAGCCCCUGUCAACAAACAGUCUAAUAUGCUACAUUAUUAAUCUUUUGGCGCAGACUCAAAUGGAAAACAGUAUGCAUUGUAUGCACAGUAUAGAUGCAUUAUAUAUGUAUCUAUUUCUGAACCUGUAUCAUAGUUUCACUUUUGUAUAUAUACUUUGCAUGAGACAUAUACAUGUAUGUAAAUGACCCUCUAGGGCAUCUUUGUUGAACGUCCUUAUAAUAAUGAAGGUACAUGUACAUGUGUGUAUAUUGCAUUUUUUCCAUUAUGUAUAUGUACAUGUACAUGUAUAUACACUGUAUGUACCAGCUAUGUAUAAAAAUAAACGUAUGGUGUACCAUACAUGUACAGUACUCAAUUAAUGAUGAUUAAAUGCCUGGGGGUAAUCCAGUAAAUGCAUGUGGUUGUAGAACACUGCUCUAAAUGUUACAUACAUGUAUUUUUAUAAUCUAACUGUUUUAAUUUUUCUUAGCUGUUAAAAAGUACAUGUGUGGUAUAACAACAGAGGUACAACAGGUGCAUUACAUGUAUGUUGGCAGUACACAUGUUUUGUCAGUACAGUUGGUUGUUUUGCAGUUUGCCUUGUGCCUUCUACCAUGGAGGAAGGAACACAGUCCUUCCUCCAUGCUUCUACUGAGCAGUACAGAAUCCCUUAUUGAGUACCGAAGUGACUACGUCACGCGCACAGUUAUGUGUAUAGAAAGCAUUAACGUGAGAACCAGUGCGUGAACCAACAAUGCACUCGUAUUCCAUUUGUUUGUACAGCACUUUCUUGUUCAAAAUGACAUCACACUUUGGCACUUUCUAGCACACAAAAUACUCAUACAAAUGUACUGCUAUGUAUAAUGUAAGGACAGUGCAUACAUUCUUAGACACAUACACUGUACAACUACAUGUAUAUAUCCAGGUACGGUACAUGUGAGUACCGGUACAUUGUUUGUGUUCAUACGUACGGUACGGGUAUGUGCAUCGUCAAUUCGGUUUCAGCCACGUCAAAGAACUGGCCAUUUUAACUUGCAUUUCUUACGUGUAAGAAAGAUUUUGAUUUGUACACCUUCCAUGCCUUCAAAUGAACAUGAAUGCCCUGUAAACCUCUGUGGAGUUGCACACACCUUUGAAACUGCUGUGCACCUGACACAUGCCCUUCCUUAGCGAUCAUGAAUCAACCGCACCCAUAGGCAUCUCAAAGCCCUUUUUGUGUGCAUUCAGUCCUCUUGGAGUUCAAACCUACAUGUAUGUGUAUAAGUUUCCACAAAAAAGCACAAAGCUUGACAGACAUGUACAUACAUGUACCGGUAGAACCAGCACACCAAAUGGUAUUGACUUCAAAAUGAAAAAUCUAGAAUUAGAGGGCAACAGGAUCAGAGUUCAGAUAUGGGAUACAGCUGGUCAGGAGCGGUAUGAUACAAUCACCACACAGUACUUCAGAAGGGCCCAGGGUUUUAUGUUAGUUUACGACAUUACAAGUGAGGCAUCAUUUCUCAACAUUCAGAAGUGGAUGACAAUGGUAGCAGAGCACGCAGGCCCAGAUGCAGACAUGUUUUUAGUGGGAAACAAAAGUGACGCAGAAGCAUUAAGGACAGUAUCGUUUGAGGAGGGUGAAAGGUUUGCCAGGGCCAAUGGAAUGUCAUUUAUUGAGACCAGCGCUCACAACAGCUCUAACAUACAUGAGGCAUUUGUUAUGCUCACCAAGCAAAUCAUGAGGAGACGGAAGAAAUCCAUUGACCGGCAGAUGGAGAAUAUACGACUCUAUGCGCGGGAGGACAGCCGAGCUGAGACAGAGAACCCGACGCAAGGCAAAUCGGCUUGCUGCUGAUGAAUGCUCCUGAAUCCUUCCAAGUCUCUUAUCAGAGUGUUUUUUAAUUACCUUGUUUUUUAAUGUAGAGCUGUAGAGCUCAAUGGAGUUGAGCUACAGGGAAGACUGUAUUUUGGCCAGUUGCCUUGUUCCCAUAGGAAACAUUCCAUUUCCAAGUUUAUAAAUUGUGGUUUAUAUCAAGUGCAACCACUAUCAAACAAUUGUGCAAAAUUAUGUGAAUGCAUGGAGCACUUUAUUUUGUUUGAAAAGUCCUGAACGUGCACCAUGUAGAAUGGUACAUGGAAAUGACGUGUGCUCCUAUCUCCUCUGACGAUUGCAUGUCACAUACACAAUAAUGACAGUUACUGUAGUGGCUUUGCGUAAUAGCUAUCUUGAAGGGUAGUUCUUUUGUUCCACAUGGAAACCUCAUUUUUGCAUACCCUGUGGAACAAAAGCACUUGCCUGCAAGAUGGCAGCCGUGCAAACCCUCCAUUGGCUCACUAUAUUUUUCUGUGUAUCUUUGCCCCAGUGCUGUCCCACUGUGCUGCAUCACACCUUCAUACUGGAAGGCUUUUAUCAGACCUUUUUUAGCUAAGUAGCCGGGCAAAUUAUUAUUUAUUUUUUGUACCAGCCUGCAGAAAUUUCACUUGCCCACUGGACAAUUUUUUUUGGCAAAAUUAACCUUGACUGGAUUUUUAAAAGUGCAUUAUUUCAACUGUUAUGGUGGAAUCGCGCUGUCAACUGAAAACUUAAAAGCAUAGGAUUGAAAAACUGUUGCAACUGACAAUAACCAACAGGUACACUCCAGUUCAAAAGAUAAAGAAUGCAUUUUACUAGCCCUCAGCAAUCUUGACCAGAAUUUGCACACUGGUCUAGUGUUAAGGUCGAGAUCUGCUUUUGUGUCUUUUGUAGUCCAGGCAACUUCAGUGAAAGUUGGAGGGUUAAAUGCGUGUGUCACAUUCUAACAUGAUAAGUUAUUGAGACCAAAAGAAUUAAAGUUUUGAUAUAAAAUGCUGUAGAAGGACGAGCAUGCACAUAGGUACAGAAAAAGGAGUCCUUGAGUCUCUGUGAAAAGGAUGGCAAAGUGCUGAAAUUUUCUAGCUUUUGCCAAAGUCCUGGAAAACUUCUGGAGAAAUAGAAUUCAGUAAUUAGUGUUCUCCCUUCCCCUCACCUCCAAGGCACAUUUUAUAGUCUGACAGUGCCUCUUCCAUAAGAAAUAGUUGGCAGUGUUUGUGCUUUCCCUGCGAGUGAAGGUAGCCUAAUACCAAAAACCAUUCCAACUUCAGUAAGUCCCGGUUGUAUAAAAAUGUGAGUUCUUUCCAAUGGGUCUUGACUCCUUGCUCUAUAUUUCCACUGACUCUUCAUAAGAAAAUGAAUGAGUCAGCUGUGUGGCACGGGGUUAGAAAAAAGUUCCUUUCACUAGGGCAGACAUUUUCACAUCAAAACUGCAUUUAAUUUAGUCUUUGGUGCUGGUGGUCUGUCUUUAACUCUUUCCUGAUUGUCUUAAUUUCUUCAUGAACUUUUACAUCAGGGUAAGUUAUUUAUUAUAUCAUAAAUAUCCAUUAUUUAUUCUAUUUAUACUGCUCUUGGAUACGUAGUGUCAUUUAUCCAACUUGUAGUUUUCAUAUUACACAUUCAUGUUCUUGUCACACUAUUUUAUGAGAAAUAUUUGUAAAUAUUUGUGCCAAAUUAUUGACUGCAAGGAUGUCACACACUUCAAUUCUACUAUCCGAAUAUUUAUUUUAUCUACUUAAAUUUCAUAUUAUAAUUUUCCUGUGGCUUCCGGUUGGAUUUCAGGGUCUGAGUGCAUUUGUGUAUUAUUAAAGGAAUCAUGUGUACAUGUGAGUGACUGAAGCAUUCGAAAUCACAAGUAUUUUUCAAAAGAAUUGAAAUAAGUAAAAAGUGCUUAUUAAUAACCUUGCCAUGGAUACCCUUGAAUAUAGUUUAAUAGUUGAUGAAACGAGAGAAAACACAUACAUUGUGCAUUGUCAAAACUUUGUCAAUGUUGAGAGUAGUGGCUCACAUCGGUUAUCUUGAAUUCAUUUCUUUACAUGCAUGUGCACAGGUCUUUAGAAGCAACCAUUGACAUGUUCUGUAGAGUGAAAAUGUAUUUAUACAUUCAUGUACUCAAUUCAAAAAGAAAACCUUGUUGCUGCCAUUUUUGGACAAAUGAUUACUUGAAAUGGCUUCAGCGAUAGUUAUCCUGAUUCGAUGGAUUGGCUUGUGGACAAGUAUGUGUUUUAUUUUGUACAUGUGUAUGUGAUGAAGCCAGUCUCCAAGUUGUGCAAUGACCUACGUACUCAUUCUGAACUGAAGCACAUGGUGUUGGGUCUCUUCAGCACUUGCCCUUUUCCCCAAUAGACACCCAGGUACAGUGAAUAUAAGCCUCAAGGGACUGUAUCAUACCUUCCUUCCCAUUGCUUUCAAUGAGGACAGUCUCUGGCCAGUGGGUUGCAAUGAAUUACGGGAUCUGCCAUUUCUCAAGAUUUGGUCUCUGAGUUUGGAAUAUCCUCCACGUACAGCAGGUCACAGGUUUUACAGUCUCAGGUCUUGCCAGUACCGCACUCAGUUAACGAAACCUGAAAAUUCUUGUUGCGUGUAUAAUUGUUUUCCUCCCCCACACUGCCCCACAAUUAAACUGCUGGGAUGAGAAAUUAGUUCUCUCAUUUUAAAGCACAAGAACAGGGUUCCAAAACUAUUGUACAAGCAAAAGUACACUGGGGUGGGAAGCUGGUCACUCUAAAGUGACGGAAGAGGUGUUGAAGUUGACAGAUGCCCCUGUGUAUUCUCUAUUACUAAUACAUGUACAUGUAUUCAUUUCAGUGUAAAUUGCAAUAUUUUUCUGAAUUUCAUGUUCACCAGACAAAGUGAAGGAACUGUACAACAGUGAUGCAGUUCUUUAAUGCUGAGCCUUAAGCUUGAUUACAGGCCAGAAGCCUUGACCUUGAGGAUCAAAACCUUUGCUCCAACACUGCUGUAUAGUCAUUGAUCGGAUAACUUCUGAAGCUAUAGGUACUCACCUCCCAAAGGCAAAUGUGGGUUCUUUAUAAUAUGAGUGGUGGUGAGCUUGCUGUAAAAUUGAAUGCUUGAUGACACGAGAAAGAAAAUCUGCCAAAUUCUUUACUGCCAAAAGUGUGCCUUGAAGGGUUUCUUUGUUCUAUCUCAUUUCAGUUUCUUAGUUUUAUUUUGUUUGGCUUACAUGGGUCAAAGCUGAAAGUUGCCCAGAGUUGCAGGAGCAUUUUAGCACUUGUGUCUUUCAUUUUAAAAUUGUUGCAUUUGUACUUGAUAGAAACCCCAGGCUUGGGUACACAAGGAUACCUUAAUGAUACUAAGGGACACAAGUUACUGUGGAUUGACGUAGAGGUUUUGUUCAACAUAUUUAAUACCACGUCCACUCUGUUACAUUGUACUUUAACAUUCCACACCUUCAGAAUGCUCAUUUUUUUUCAGAAUUCCUUAAUGCCCCAUGUAUGAUGGAACUG